GUGUUGUGAAAUUCAUCCGUGCAACACGGCGAGACACGAGCUUAGAAGUGUUUAGUUGCUUUUGCGGAGUGAACAAAGUGAGGUGUGUUUUCAGUUGAGCCAAAAGUGAAUAAGAAGGGAAUAUGAAGGGACGUGGACAUCAGAUGAGGCUCCUGGCGGAGAUGGCCAAGUCGUCGGGUGAUUCGCAGUUGAGCGGCGGCAGUGCUGCGGAGUCGCCGGAAGGUCAGUCGGCGGCGCCAACGGUUUUGGGUGUCAGCAAAGAUUCUGGAGAGGAGACGCUCGAGUCCUCGUCGCUGGGACGCGGUCACCUGAAGCGUCUGACCAUGACCAUGCCGGAAACGCCCUUGAACCCCACUCCGGUGUCCGGCGAGUCCAGCGGUUCUGGCUCUCGGGCCGCCGGCCGCGGCCAAUCGCUGCGUCGCGUCCUUGAUGCCGCCCGCCAGUACGAUGAGGAGACAAGCCAACCUUUGGCGGUCGUCACGCAGAAGAUGGAGGCUGCCUCUGUUCAGGAGGCCGCGGGGCCCAAAUCUCCUGUGUCUUAUCGAGGGAAAAGCGGCUCUCUGACUAGUGCCAUGACAAAUUAUCUGCCCCUGAAGUGGACGGGCAACUUGCGCAUCUUCGAGUAUUGUGUGCAGUUCCAUCCGCAAGUGGACAGCAUCCAUUUGCGCGUGAAGAUCAUCGGGCAGCUGCAGGCGGAGAUUGGUUCCGUGUUUGUCUUCAGUGGCUUCAAUCUGUUCCUGCCUCGCAGACUGGCGCCCGUCUCAUCCUUCACGACCACUCUGCAGGCCACCAAGGAGACCAUCACGGUGUCGAUGAGGCUAAUCAAGGAGAAGCCGGAAGAGGAAUUGAGUCCAUUCCUCAACAAUCUCUUCAACAGAGUCAUGCGAGAGCUCAAGUUUGUGCGCCACAAGAGAAGGCAAUUUGAUCCCACCAAGGCAAAGCUUGUGCCGCAACACAAGCUCGAGAUAUGGCCAGGAUAUAUCACGGCGGUGGAAACAUUCGAGGGUGGCUUGAUGCUGAAUCUCGAUGUGUCGCAUCGUCGCCUCUCCACAAUGACGGUGAAAGAGCUGAUGACGGACAUUUACCAUCGUCAUCCGCAGGACUUUCACAAAAAAGUAAAAGAGACAAUCAUCGGGAAGAUAAUACUCACGCGAUACAACAAUCAGACUUAUUGCGUCCAUGAGAUUGAUUUCAAUCUAUCUCCCAAGGAUAAAUUUUUGAGGAAUGGGGAGGAAAUCGAUUACGUGGAGUAUUAUAGGAGGAACUAUAAUAUCACGAUCAAUGAUCUGAAUCAGCCACUCCUGCUGAACUUCAAGGAAGUUCGCAUGCCUGGACAGGCAGAGAAGCAGGAGAGAGUGACGAGUCUCAUUCCGGAGCUUUGCUAUCUCACUGGAUUGACGGAUGAGCAAAUGAACAAUCAGAAUCUGAAGAGAGAUCUGGUUGCGUACACUUCUGUGACGCCGCAGCAUCGCGUCGAGGGAUUGAGGAAGUUCCUGGCCAAUGUGCGCGAGUGCGAGCCCGCCAGGAAGGUGCUGAAGGACUGGGGAUUGGAGUUGUCGGCAGAUGUCCUGAAUCUGGAGGGACGCGAGCUGGGAAUUGAGCAGAUUCAGUUCGAGGGAUACACAGGAUCGGCUGGUGAGAAGGCUGAUUUCUCUCGCGACGCCACCAGUCGUCGUGUGUUGACAACACUGCCGCUCGUCUCGUGGGCGAUCUUGUAUGUGGAGCGGAACAAGGAUGCUGCGAUGAAGUUUCUCGCACUGGUGCAAAAGAAUGCUUCAUGUCUGGGCAUGGAUGUGAAGAAUCCGAAGCAAGUUGUUGUGCAGCGCGAACAGACGGCUGAUUUGGUGCGACAGAUUCAGGAGACGAUUCAUGCUCAGCCAGAUUUGUCGAUCAUUGUGAUAAUAUUUCCCUCGCAGCGCGCUGAAUGGUAUGCAUCGGUGAAGAAGGUGUGCUGCUAUCAGACACCAGUUCCGUCGCAAGUGAUAAUGGCGCGCAAUAUGCUGCAAGCGAACGAGUCGAAAGUGAGAUCCAUAGUUAUGAAGAUCUUGCUGCAGAUGAACUGUAAGAUUGGCGGCACGCUGUGGAGUGUUAAUAUUCCCAUGGCGAAUACGAUGAUAUGUGGCGUCGAUGCUUACCACGAUCCGACGCAGAAGUCAUCCAGCGUCACAGCUUUUGUGUCGUCGACCAACAGGACCUUCACAAGAUGGUUCAGCAUGUCAAUCAUACAGAAUAUCAAAGAGGAAGUGAGCCGAGGCCUGGGACGCGCCAUCAAAGACUCUCUGGUGGCGUUCAGAGAGGCGAAUGGGUGUCUUCCGGAGAGAAUUGUGGUCUUCCGCGAUGGCGUUGGUGACGGACAAUUGCCGGUGUGUGAGAACUUUGAGGUGCCUCAGCUGUUGGAAGCGGCACAGACGCUCUAUCCUGCCGGACAGGUGCCGAAACUAACAUACGUAAUCACACAGAAGCGCAUCAACACGCGCUUCUUCCGUUGCGUCGGCAAUCAGGCCACGUCCUUUGACAACUGUCGUCCAGGAACUGUUGUGGAUCACUCGGUGACGCGUCGCUACAUGAAGGACUUCUUUCUGGUCUCGCAGAGCGUUCGCCAGGGCACAGUUUCGCCGACGCACUACAUCAUCGUCUAUGACUCAGCCAAUCUGUCGCCGGACAUCGUGCAGAAGUUGGCGUACAAGCUGACGUUCAUGUACUACAACUGGCCGGGAACGAUUCGUGUGCCGGCGUGUUGCCAGUAUGCGCACAAGCUGGCGUAUUUAAUAGGUGAGCACGUGAAGCGUGAGCCUGCGAGGAUGCUGCAGGAUAGGCUGUUCUACCUAUAAAGAAAGUAGAUCUCGAAUAUACAUAUAUUUUUUUAUUUUAUCCAUGACGACAAUUACAUACAUAUUCAGCGUUAAUUUACACAUUCAUUCAUCUUUUUGUUUAAAUCUUCUUUAUAACUAUUGUGAAAUGGAAUGAAGUCCAAAGAAUCGCCAUGAAGGCAAAUUUAUUUUUUCACUCAGAACAAUAUUAUGUGCCAAAGGAUUAGAAAUAAGAGUGAAUUUAAGAAACUGAAAUUUACAUGCCAAUGAAUUAAUUCAUGUGAUAAUGAGCAAUUUGAAGUACAUUAAUAAUAAUAACCACAACUGCCUUUCAAGAUGCUGGAAUUAACAUCACAGCUCUUAUUGUUUAAGUUUUGUACGAGAACUAUGAAUUAAAACUAGUUAUUUGUUAAGCA